AUGUUUGGUAUCUUUUUGGCAACUCUGUUCACUUCAAUGUCAAUUUAUCGUGUCUUUUUCCAUCCAUUACGAAACGUUCCUGGUCCUUUAUCUUGCAAAUUAAGCAUGUGGUCUUGGGUCUUAACGGAUUGGUUUGGAUCAAGACAAGUCAAAAUUCAAAAGCUUCACAAGAAAUACGGAAAUGUGGUCAGGAUUGGACCAAGAGAAGUUUCAGUGGCAGAUCCAAAAGGCGUUGCAACAAUUUAUGGACCUACAGGACCUGCGCCUAAAUCACGCAGAGGACCAUGGUAUCAAGCUCAAAGUAUGAUCCCUCACGUUCACAGUUUGCAAAAUGAACCAAAGAUACCUGAUCAUAACAAGCGAAGACGUGAUUGGGAUCCUGCAUUCUCCUUGAAAGCAUUACAGUCUUAUGAACCAAACAUCACUCGAAAUGCAGAAGCGUUCAUUGAACAAGUUAGCAGGCUUUCAACAAAGAAUGAUGGUCGAGUGGACGUAAAAGAACCUUUGAUGUGGUUCGGAUUUGAUGUAAUGGGAGAAUUGGGAUUCGGACGAUCUUUUGGAACACUCAAAGAUGGAAAGACUUCACAUGAAGUUGAAUUGGUCGAAUUGGGCGUUCGUGCAAUCAACACGAUCGGAAAUGUACCUUAUUUGGCAAAUAUUAUGCGUUUCUUACCUUCACCUAUUGCACAAUUUGAGGCAUGGCUAGCCGAAGCUGUCAAAUGGAGAAAGAGCAAACAAGGUGACCGUGAAUUUGUUGCAGCAGAUGUGUUUGCUUAUCUUUUGGGAGAAGAAGGUGAAAAGCAUCAUAAAGGCGAUCCAAGGGAGAUUCAACAAGAUUGUAUGUUACUCGUUGUUGCGGGAAGUGAUACAACUUCAAACACCCUUGCUUUAUGUUUAUUCGAGCUGGCACGUCAACCUGCUUUGGUCGAACGCCUUCGUGAUGAAUUGGAAGAAUUCAUUCUGGAAGAUUAUGCUGCUUUACGGGAUAAUGCACCUUUGUUGAACGCUUGCUUGAAUGAAACAUUACGUUUAUGGCCUGCCGUACCUUCAGGCUUACAACGUGAAACAACAUUGGCCCAUACAUUACCGGGCGAGAUCAAUGUUCCAGCAAAUACGGUUUUAUCCACCCAUACAUGGACGAUGCACCGUGAUGCAGCAAACUUUUAUAAACCUGAAAGAUUCAUUCCUGAUCGUUGGAUAACGAAAAAAGAACCACAUAACGAAAAAGCAUUUACACCUUUCGGCUUUGGUGCAACUUCGUGCAUUGGUAAAAAUUUAGCAUUUAUGGAAAUGCGAAUCGUAUUAGCACAAUUUGUACUUAAAUUUAACUUUGAUAUCGAACCUGGAGAUGUACAAGAAUUCCGUCAAUCGGUUCGUGAUCAAUUUGUUGUUUCGAUGGGAGGACUUUAUAUGAAUGUUACAUCGCGUUAA